UCUACUAAACAGCUGCUGGACGGAUAUCAUAACACGCCUUAUAAUAUUUCUUAACCGUCUUUUGUGAAGGGGCACAGCACUGUACUUCCAAAAUGGUGGCCAUCCAGUUGUUCAACGAAAUCGGCAGUAUUUUCCGCAACACCCCUACGUUUGCCCUUGUUUUGGAGAGCCUUUUGGUUAUAACAGUGAUAUGGCUGCUGCUGCACAGGCGAGGAGGAGGUCGUCGCCGCCAGCUGACCAAAGAGGAGGAGGACCGUAUAAUCGCCGACUAUGAACCACAACCCUUGGUGGCGGACACCGAUCCCAAUCAUCCGCUGCUGCGCAACCGCAUCGUCCAGUCGAAAGUGGGCAAGCACAUCAAAGUUGAUGGACACGACUGCCUGAACCUGGGCUCCCACAACUACCUGGGCUUUCUCGAGGACCAGGAUAUUCUGGAGGAGGCCUGUAAGUCGCUGCGCAAGUAUGGCGUAGGAUCUUGCGGACCUCGGGGCUUUUAUGGUACCAUGGAUGUGCACCUGGAUCUGGAGGAUCGAAUUGCCAAGUUCAUGGGUCUUGAGGAGGCAAUUGUGUACUCCUACGGUUUCUCGACGGUGGCCAGUGCCAUCCCAGCGUAUGCCAAGCGUGGCGACAUUAUCUUUGUGGAUGAGGCUGUUAACUUCGCCAUUCAGAAAGGCCUGGAUGCCUCGCGCAGCACAGUCGUGUUCUUUAAGCACAAUGAUGUUCAGGAUCUGGAGCGUCUGCUGAUUGAACAGGAGAAGCGGGACCAGAAGAAUCCCAAAAAGGCGCUCAAGACUCGCCGCUUCCUCGUUGCCGAGGGCAUCUAUUUGAACACCGGCGAGAUUUGUCCCCUACCAGAGUUGGUGGCCCUUCGUCAGAAGUACAAGCUGCGACUGUUUAUCGACGAGAGCAUUUCCUUCGGCACCUUGGGCCAAGGUGGCCACGGAGUUACGGAGCACUUCAAUGUCGAUCGCAACGAGGUCGAUCUUAUAUCGGCCGGAAUGGAGGGAUCCAUGGCCACCAUCGGCGGCUUUUGCGUGGGCUCGCACUUCAUAGCUGAGCACCAGCGACUGUCUGGAUUGGGCUAUAUAUUCUCGGCUUCCCUGCCGCCCAUGCUCACCCAGGCAGCCAUUUCCGCCCUUGAUCGCUUUGAACGGGAACCGAAGAUCUUCGAGCAACUGCAGGCCAAGUCUAAGUCCCUGCAUCAGAGGUUUUCGCGCUUCAGCAAGCUGACCCUGCGGGGAAACGAAGUGUCGCCUGUGAAGCACUUGUAUUUGGCGCAGCCUGCCGAAAACUUUGAUAAGGAACUGAAACUGCUCACCGAGCUGGCCGAUAAGUGCAUUGCUCGAGGCGUGGCCGUGGUGCAGGCCGCCUAUCUGCAGAACAGGGAACGACAGCCGGUGCGUCCCAGUAUUCGCAUUGCCGUCAAUCGUUUGCUGGAAGAUGCGGACAUAUCCACCGCGUUCGAGGUCAUCGAGAGUGUUUCCUGCUCCGUCCUUUAAGCCUUCCCGUGAGAAAGGAAAAAGGUUUACCGACAAGGGGCUUGCUAAGUUUUGAGGCCUGCUGGCUCUAUCCCUUUUACAAUCGCUUGCUGGCGACCGUUCAGUAUGAUUUAUUUAAGCUAAAUGUGAAACCUAGCACGAACGAAACUCUCUGAGUUGCAUUGCACUAAUAAAACUCAAAAUCUCGGAAAAUGUUCAAA